AAGAUCGACAUGGAUGAGAUUGAUGUUCCUCCAUUCUUUCUCUGCCCCAUUUCUUUAGAAAUCAUGAAGGAUCCAGUGACUGUAUCCACCGGUAUAACCUAUGACCGAGAGAAUAUUGAGAAGUGGCUAUUUUCUAAGAAAAACAAGACAUGCCCUGUCACCAAACAACCCCUUUCAGAUUACGCUGAUCUCACCCCAAAUCACACCCUUCGGCGAUUGGUUCAAGCAUGGUGUACCAUCAACGCUUCUCACGGCAUCGAAAGGAUUCCAACUCCUAAACCUCCCGUCAACAAAUACCAGAUUUCCAAGCUCCUUAAAGAUGCUUCUCAUUCUCCUUUGAUGCAGAUUAAGUGUCUCAGAAGGCUUAAAUCCAUCGCUUCUGGGAGUGAAACAAACAAACGUUGCAUGGAAGCUGCAGGUGUUGUUGAAUUCUUAGCAACAGUUGUAAUGAAUAACAUCGAUUCUGCAUCUUUAUUGCCCGAAUCAGAGGCUAACCCAGGUGACGAAGCCUUAAGCAUGCUCCAUAAUCUUCAUGUAUCUGAAGCUGGAUUGAAGUCUCUCCUCGGCUUCAAAAACGGAGAAUUCAUUGAUUCCUUAACAAGAGUCAUGCAAAAGGGGUUCUUUGAGUCAAGAGCUUAUGCAGUCUUUUUGUUGAAAUCUAUGACUGAAGUGGCUGAACCAGUGCAACUAUUCCAUCUAAGAACUGAGUUUUUUGUUGAAUUAGUGCAACUCUUGAAGGACCAGAUUUCCCAGAAGGUAUCAAAAGCGACACUUCAGACACUAAUACAACUCUGUCCUUGGGGGAGGAACAGAAUCAAAGCUGUGGAAGCUGGAACUGUUCCUGUUUUGAUAGAACUUCUUCUUGAUUAUAAGGACAGAAAACCUUGUGAAAUGAUGUUAGUGUUGUUGGAAUCUCUGUGCCAGUGUGCUGAGGGACGAGCAGAACUGUUAAGUCAUGGAGCAGGGCUUGCCAUCGUGUCAAAGAAGAUUCUAAGGGUUUCGACGGUGGCAAACGAUAGAGCUGUGAGGAUUCUGCUUUCGAUUUCCAAGUUCUCUGCAACUCCAAGUGUUGUUCAAGAAAUGCUGAAACUGGGUGUGGUUGCAAAACUUUGUUUGGUGCUUCAAGUGGAUAGUGGAAACAAGGCCAAGGAAAAAGUAAGAGAGAUACUCAAAUUGCAUGCUCGGGCAUGGAGGAAUUCUCCAUGCAUACCGAACAGUUUGCGUUCUUCAUACCCAGCUUAUGUGUGA